AUGCCUACGCUAGAAAAAAACUGCAGCCCAAAGGUCGUUGGCGACCUUGCCUGCCAACACGACUCUUAUCUCCGAACUCUAGAGUCCGAGGUUGUCUCGUGUAUCGAACAUACACCACAAGCCAAGGCCAAUGGCUCCAAGAAGUCCUCCAAGAAUGCAGCGCCCGAGGAACCUUCCAAGUCAUGGCUGAUCGAGUGUGCCGACUCUGUGUUGUUUCCCGAGGGUGGCGGACAACCGACUGACUAUGGUACUCUGACCCCUCUGAGCACUCCCCCGGAGGAGCCAAUUGCGAUCAAAGUGAUCGAGCGACAAGGUUUACGAUGCAUCUACCGAUCUUCAAAGCCGCUCAAGCCUGGAACUCUCGUCCGUCAAGAUGUAGAUUUCUCGCGGCGAUGGGAUCACAUGCAACAGCACACGGGCCAGCAUCUCCUUUCCGCCGUCAUGGACAGAUAUGAUAAUCUGGAGACUCUCGGAUGGGGGAUGGGUGCCGAGAACGACGUCAACUAUGUUGACCUGCCCCGGAAACCCUCAGCGGAGGAGAUGCAGAUCAUCCAAGAGAAAUGCAACGAGGCCAUCCGCAACAACCAUCAAAUCACCGUCGAGACGACGCCUCAUGAUGCUAAAUCCGAUAGCCUACCCGGAGACUACGACAAGGAGAAGGGCGUGGUGAGGGUCAUCAAGAUUGCUGAUAUUGAUGAGAAUCCAUGCUGCGGGACCCACCUGGCCCAAACGUCACACAUCGCACUGAUACUCCUUCACCAUACGCAGUCCAUCCGCGGUACCAACACGCGCAUGUUCUUCACCGCCGGCGACCGAGCGAUAAGACUCGCUACAUCCUCGAUCCGCUCCCUGCGUUCAAUCGGCGGGAUUCUGUCUUCUGGAACAGCCCCCGAUGACGUCCUCUCCAGCGUCAAGAGAAUGAGUGACAACGUCUCGGACCUGAACCGGAAAUCGAACAAACUGCUCCUGGAGAUUGCAAAAUUUGAAGGGGAGAGGGUGAAAGCCGAUUUGGCCGCUGGGAAGAAGGCCUGGGUGUAUCGUCCAUCACCAGGGUUGGAUUUCAUCAACUCUGUGUGUUUUGAGGUGAAGGAUCAGUUGGAAGAGGGAGGUUUGGUGGUCCUGGCGUCCGGGGAGGGAAAGAGCGGCGGUGCCGUUGUCUUGGUCGGUGAGAAGGGGCUGGUUGAGUCGUUUACCGAGAGGAUGAAAGGGGUUGUGAGCUCCAUCAAGGGUGGUGGGAAGGGAGAGAGGUGGCAGGGGAAAGUGGUUGAGUGGAAGAAAGGCGAGAUUGAGGCACUGAGGACACUGGUCGAGGGGUAG